AGGCAGACACAGACGGGACUACAAACUACAAAGAAAAGUAGAGAGGAAACUUUCAGAUUUUAGAAGAUACUGCGCAGGAGUAAGGUGAACAUAAGUGAAGCGACAAAGAUGACAAUCUUCAUCUUCACCCUUUUUCUGAUCUCAGGUACCGGGGGCUUUGAUGUGAUUGGCUACUCAGGAGGCACUGUCAUAAUCUACUGCAAUCACCAAGUGUAUGGAGAGUAUACGAAGUAUUUCUGUAAGGAAAACAACGUUCGAAAGACCGUGAAGGAAUGUUUUUUUAUAAAACCUAAUCAAGCACAGACGACAUUGACUCAGAAAGACCGGGUUUUUCUACACAACUUUCCUGGAGCUCUUACAGUGGUCUACAGACCACUGAGUUUACAGGAUGCUGGAAUAUACCAGUGUGGAGGGAAUGGAGUAUGGAAUUAUGAUAUGAUACUGAAAAUAAAGACAGAUCUGUGUUGCAUGAGUCCACAAACUGUGAUUGGUUAUCUGGGAGGGGCUGUCACCAUCGGUUGUCCAUAUCCAGAGGAGUUUAAGGACAGCUACAAGUACCUCUUCAAACUGAAUGAUCAACAGUUCGUUCAGAUGAUCAGCACCAUGGAGUCUCAGAAAGAUAGAUUCACAAUUUCUGAAGACAGAAGCUCUAGAGUUGUCAGUGUGGGACUCAGUGAUGUGAGAGAAGAUGAUGGAGGAGUUUAUUUCUGCGGAGUUGGGAUUGCAGGGAAGUCAGUCAGUUAUUACUCCGUCUUCCCGGAGAUUCAGCUACAGGUUUCUGCAUUCAGACCAGCCUACAAUCUACAACCUACACCAACAGUGCCAACAUCAGUCCCAUCUGCAGAGCGUUUCAGUAAGAACAGUUCCUCUAUCAUUAUCACUGUAUGUGUCUGUGUGGCUUUGCUGACUGGAGGAUUAAUCUUCUACAAACUAAGAUGCAAGAAAACAGGAGACCCUGCCUAUGUUAACAAAAGAUCAGAGAGAAAAGGCACACCUGAUACUGACUAUGAAAAUGAUCCACCUGGAAACCAGACCUCCAUAAGUAUGGAACUAGUCUACAACAACGUGGAGCCCAACACCAACCGAUCACAUUCAUCCUACCAGCACCUGGACCACAAUAGUAGAGAACCAGAUGCAGUUUACCACAGUCUAAAUCCCAACGCCAGUUAGAUCCAGCCUCCAAGAGUCUUAGUCCCCACACCAAUCAAUCAGAUUCAGUCUACCAGAAUCUCAUUCCCAACACUGAUCGAUGCGAUUUAGACUACGAGUCACUUCAGGAGUCAAAGUGGUGUUGAAUGCACCCCAUGUCCAGCCUACACCCCAAGAGACAGGGUCCACCCACCCAGUCUACAUAGUAAUGCAUUCUGCAGCAGUCAGUCUAUACAUUUGGAAGAUAUGGUAAAAACAGUUAAGAUACUCCACAAUCAGUAAUAACAGGAGUUGUUCACUUUCUAGUUUUGUCAAACCUUAGUGGUAUUUUUAAAUAUCUAGUCUGCUCUAUAUAACAUACAUUGUUUGAUAAUGCAUGCAUUAAAUUGAGCUAAUUUUAAAACAUCCAUGAAAACAUUAGCCCGUUGGCCAUCGAAAUCUGAUUGAUACAGAGCUAAACAGCUAUUCUAAUGGCAAAUAUUCAUUGCAAGUUAUAUACACUAUAUGGACAAAAGUAUUGGGACACCUACACAUUACACCCACAGAACAUCCCAUUCUAAACCAAUAGGCAUUAAUAUGGAGUUGGUCCCUCUUGGACAGCUGUAUCACCUUCCACUCUUCUAGGAGUCUGGAAGCACAUUGUGAGUUUGUGGGGUCUAAUCCUCUGUUGCUAAGCUGUUGUUGCUCCUAGGUGCUUCCUUUAGACAAAAAUAGCACUUACAGUUGUCUGGGGCAGAUCUAGCAGGACAGAAAUUUCACAAACUGACUGGCAUCCUAUGACAGUGCCAUGUUUAAAGUGACUGAGCUCAUCAUUCUAUUGCCAGUGCUUGUCUAUGGAGAAGCCAAGGCUGUGUGCUUGAUUUUAUGUUACAUGAAAUAUAUAUUAUAGAUGUGAAACCCCUGAACCCAGUACUUAGGAAGGGGGUCCUAAUAUUUUUGUCCAUAUAAUAUUUCUACAAACAUAAUGUAACUAAUGUCACAACACAUACAAGCAAGGUUGUUAUUAUUUAGUAUUCAAGAUUGAUAGUAUUUUUAUGAAUGAAAGUGUGGUCGUUUUGGAAAGUGUUUGAAGUCUUUGUGCCUUGUCUGGUAGUUGCAGUGAAAGUUUCGUUAAACUUUGAAGCAUAUUUUUUUGGUUGCUAUUUGUUUUUGAGAAACUCUUGGUUUCAGUUAUGUUUUUUAAAAUAGGGGUUCCCUUUUCCAGGCUGCUCAUUAUAAAUGUUCCUUUCUUAUGUAAGAAAAAUAAACAGGAUUAUGGACUAAG